CCCGCCCGCUCCAUCGGCCCACGGUCAACGACCAUUCGGCCCUCAGGUCGUAGAGAUACCCCGAGCUAAGGCGCCGACGCCGUAAAGGGGGGGGAACGGGAGGGCAAAAAGCUGUCCGCUGCCAUGUCCUCUGUAGUCCCUCGCGCGCUGAGGCAUCGUCUGCCGAAUAUCUCUUGUCUAGCAUCGACUCGUCUCCCUCCAGCCCGUCGAUUCCUCUGUCGCAGCAUCACCGCUGCCGCAGCGCCAAACACCUCGCGCUUCUCACCGCCGAGCUCGUCGUCCCGCUCACCAGGCCGGCCCUUCGCAUUUGCUUGUGCCACCGCCGUCAUGGCACCUGACGCCCAACCGCAGCAGCGGCGCGCCGCGUCCUCUUCCUCGUCAUCGUCGUCGUCGUCUUCGAAGCCGCGGCUCGAGCCGCGGCCCAGCUCGUCCGUCGUCCUCCUCUCGCCCACAAACGAGGUGCUGCUGCUGCACCGAGUAAAGUCCUCGUCGACGUUUGCCUCGGCGCACGUCUUCCCCGGCGGCAACCUCGACGCCUUCCACGACGGCGAGGUGCCCCCCGUCGGCGACCCGGCUCGCCACCGCGACGGCCCCGCGUACAGGCUCGGCGCCGUGAGGGAGUGCUUCGAGGAGACGGGCAUCCUGCUGGCCAAGAAGGACGGCGCGCUCAUUGAGCUGCCGCCCGCACAGCGCGAUGAGAUGCGCAAGAAGGUCCACGCGAACGAGGUCAACUUUGUCGAGUGGGUGAGGUCGCUUGGCGGAGAGCCCGACACGACCGGCCUCAUCCCGUUUACGAGAUGGAUCACCCCCGUCAACGGCCCGCCCAAGCGCUUCACCACGCAAAUGUACGUCUACAUGCUGCCGAUAUCGCGCACCAAGGUCCCGUCCGAGAUGUUCAUCCCCACAGCCGACGGGGGUGUCGAGCACACGGCCGCGCAGUUCGCCCCCGCGACGGCCUGGCUGGAGCGCGCGCGCGCGGGCUCCGUCAUCGUCUUCCCACCGCAGCACUUUUUGCUGUACAUGCUGAGCCGCUUCCUCACGGGGGGCACGGCGUCGCUCGAGGAGGGGCCCCUGCACUUCACCGCGCAGCGCAAGAAGCUGCGCGCGUUCCUGCGCCGCGUGCCCACGGCGGACACGGACGCCGGCCGCGCGCACCCGACGGCUGCCAUCGCCUGGGCCGACAAGGUCAUUUGCCCGUACCACUUCAGGGCGACCACGGCCGACGGGCGCGUCAUCCUCGGGCUGGAUAAGCCCGGCCCGGAACUGGCGGGCAAGGAGGAGGAGGAGAAGAACGGUCGUCGCGGUGGUGACUGGGAGAGGGUCAUGUUCGUCAGGUUUGGGGCCGGCGGCGCGAGGGAGGUCGAGGUGAGGCUGAGGGAGGAUGUGCUCAGGGACGUGGAGGAGGAGGGAAGGGAGCAAGGAGAAGGCGGGCAGCGUUCCAGAUUAUAGAGACGGUGAGCUCGAUGUGCGUUCGGACCCGAUUCCUUGAGCUUAGACUCACGGGCGAUGAGGCCACUCUGCCUGUACAUGUACUUGUAUGAAGCACUUAGCACCAGCAUCGAGCGCAAGCCAUGUAUUCAUUUCCUCGUCGUGCUAC